UACAGCCCUCCUUAACUCGUAGUGGUAUGAACUUGUAUGACACCUAAACAAUAGUGCCUGGCAGAUGUGUAUUGUGUACACUCGAGUUGUGUAGCAAGCUAUUUGGAUGUGGAAACGUUUCAUACAAUCGUCGGGCGCCCACUUUACGAUUGGUGAUAGCUACUAGACGUCAAAUGCGGCAGUGUCAGCCACGAUCGUCAAAUAAAGGCAAUUUAAAAUAUUGCCCCAACAAUCGCAGCCUCGCGCCUGCUAUGAGAUCACCCUAACAAAAACUAGUGGGGUAAAGAUGGCUGCAGAGCUCUUUCCCACCAAGAAGCUGGCCCCAGCAUCCUCAACCAAAACAGCUGUGCAGCAAUACCAGCAGCAGAACCUGAAUAACAACACCAUUCACAGCUGCAACUGGCAAGGGCUCUAUCCUACCAUCCGAGAGAGGAAUUCAGUCAUGUUCAACAAUGAGUUGAUGGCAGAUGUUCACUUUGUUGUUGGCCCCCCAGGAGGGACUCAGCGAGUACCUGGGCACAAGUAUGUGCUGGCUGUGGGGAGUAAUGUGUUCCACGCCAUGUUUUACGGUGAACUGGCAGAGGACAAGGAAGAGAUCCGUAUCCCUGAUGUGGAGCCUCCCUCGUUCCUAGCCAUGCUGAAGUACAUCUACUGUGACGAGAUCGACCUGUGUGCUGACACUGUCCUGGCUACGCUCUAUGCCGCCAAGAAGUACAUCGUGCCCCACCUGGCUCGGGCAUGCGUCAACUUCCUGGAGACGAGCCUGAGCGCCAAGAAUGCUUGCGUUCUGCUCUCCCAGAGCUGCCUGUUUGAGGAGCCUGACCUGACGCUGCGCUGCUGGGAGGUGAUCGACGCCCAAGCCGAGCUGGCGCUGCGCUCCGAGGGCUUCACAGACAUCGACUCGGUGACCCUGGAGAGUAUCCUGCGCCGCGAGACGCUCAAUGCCAAGGAGAUGGUGGUGUUCGAGGCGGCAUUGAGCUGGGCUGAGGCCGAAUGCCAGCGCCAGGACCUGACGCCCACCAUUGAGAACAAACGGCUGGCGCUGGGCAAGGCCAUCUACCUGAUCCGCAUUCCCACCAUGACGCUGGAUGACUUCGCCAACAGUGCGGCACAGUCGGGCGUGCUGACGCUCAACGAGACCAAUGACAUCUUCCUGUGGUACACGGCUGCCAAGAAGCCUGAGCUGCUGUUUGCCAGCAAGCUGCGCAAGGGCCUGGCGCCGCAGCGCUGCCACCGUUUCCAGUCGUGCGCCUACCGGAGUAACCAGUGGCGCUACCGGGGCCGCUGCGACAGCAUCCAGUUCGCCGUGGACAAGCGAGUGUUCAUCGCCGGCUUUGGCCUGUACGGCUCCAGCUGUGGCUCAGCAGAGUACAACGCCAAGAUUGAACUCAAGAGGCAAGGCGUGCCGCUGGGCCAGAGCCUCAUCAAGUACUUUUCAGACGGCUCCAGCAGCACAUUACCAGUGUGGUUUGAAUACCCUGUGCAGAUCGAGCCCGACACAUUCUACACGGCCAGCGUCGUGCUGGACGGCAACGAGCUCAGCUACUUUGGCCAGGAGGGGAUGACUGAGGUACAGUGUGGCAAGGUCACCUUCCAGUUCCAGUGCUCCUCGGACAGCACCAACGGGACAGGUGUGCAGGGGGGGCAAAUACCUGAGCUCAUCUUUUACGCUUGAGGUGUCGAAUGUGAGGGAAACAUAACCCUCCAUCUUUACUGCCACAGUAAAUGCACCCCUCCGGCUGUUCAGAAA